AUGUCUAAUGAUUCAAAUAGACAAGAUAAAGAUAAUAUUGGUACUGGUAUAAGUAGCUCAAGUAACGAUUUAUUUUAUACAAGAGAAAUGUCUGAUAUUUUAUAUUUUAUAGAAGAAAAUGAAGAAAAUGAUAAUUACUAUACACAACAAGAUUUAUCAAAUAAUUCUUUAAAUAAUUCUUUAUCAAAUAAUUCUUUAAAUAAUUUUUUAUUAAAUAAUUCUUUAAAUAAUUCUUUAUCAGAUAAUUCUUUAUUAGAAAUAAUGGCAAAUAGUAUAGAUUUAAGAAGAGUGAAUUAUGAAGCAAAAUGCAAUUGGUGUAAAGAGAAAUGGUCAAGAAGACAAUCAAAAGAUAUGAAAAUCUAUUUGACCAGAAAUUGUGAAUAUAUAUUUGAUGAAAUUAAAACAUAUUGGCGAAAAGUUUUAUUAGAAGAAACUUCAAAUAUUCAUCCACAAAAUGCAAAACAACCACAAAUUACAAAACAUUUUGAUCAUAUUACUCCCAUACCUAUUACAAAAUCAAAUAAAAUUGACCAAGCACUCCUUAAAGCAUGGGUUUGUUGUGGAUUUCCAUUCCAGACAAUUGAAAACCCAUUUAUCAUUAAUUUAUUUCGAAUUGCUAUUCCUGGAUAUACUUUAUUUUCACGUGAUAUUCUUUCUGGCAAAUUAUUAGAUCAAGAAACCAUACAAAUUGAAAAAAAAAUUGAAAAUGAUCUGGAAUAUAGUAAUCAUCUCACUAUUAGUAA